AGUUCCGCCGCCGCCGUCUUGACUCGCUUGCUCAGAUCUGCUCGCUUGCUCGCCAGAGUUCCUUCAUCCAGAAAUUCUCGCCAUUGGAGUGCCGUACGCGGCAAGGCCACUUCGCAGGCGCGGUCGGAUACCGCCCACUCACCGUCUGGAGCCGGGACAGAGCCAACGGGAACAAGGAAGCGCAGCUGCAGGUGGAACGGAGAAGAGCGCGAGGGAUCGUCAUGGAGGCGCCAUGGCUGCAAACUAGUCGAGUGAGAGGCAAGAAUGCCUGGAACGGACUCCGGCGGGGUGCGCUCUUCUGGCCCGUCGUGACCUCUGUGCUGCGCCGGCGGAAAGGUGGGCGGGCGGAGGUGUUUGAGAAAAUACCGCUGCCGGUGAGAGACUCCCGGUCCCGGAACGCAUCCGGUGCGGGUCGCCAUCCCAUCAACACGGUGACAACUUUCCCUUGGUUGUCUGCCAUGAGUGCGCUGCGAAUGGAAACAAAUUGGAUUGGCAGUCAGCUGGUGUCCCGUUUUGGUGGAAUACUCUGCAGCGCGGGUGUUCACGGAAAUUCUGUAGGAAGAAGUCAAUACGGUGCCGAGAUAAUAUCUAAACGAGCUCUACCUGCCAAGAGUACCAGACGUUUCGUGGAAAAGAGAUGCCAGUCAGUUUUUUUUCUGCUGUGGUUCAGUUUAGGUGUUCAAUGGAAUAUGAUACCAUUCAAUAUUCAUGGAAGUGAACAGCUCGAAAGCAUGUGACCAUUCCAGUCGUAGCAUUGGAACUUUCAGUCAAUGGAGAUGCAACAUCUGGCUUGGGGUGACUGGGUACUGAGGUCUCUAAGGUAGACCUUCCAGAAGACCAACCCCCGGCAAGAGCAUGGCGCUGUGGAAUGGAGUUAGUCAGCUGGCCAGCGUCGCGCAGCUCGCAGGGGUGGAUGCUUAUGGGCUCAUCUCGAUGAUUGCGGAGGCUGCGCGGACGGUUAAGAGGAACCGGGAGACCUGCCAGCUGCUUGCACGCCGUGCAAGGAUGAUCGGGGACCUUCUGCAGCAGCUCGAAAGAACACGGCUGAUGCAGCACAUGGAGACGAGGAACCCAGUUGAGCAGCUGGAGGAGACGCUUCGGCAAGCAUAUAUUCUCAUCGCGUCCUGUCGUGACAGUGGCUACCUGCAUAGCUGCUGUAUGGGAGGGAAGCAGGCUGAUCUGCUCCGUGAAGUGCAGAAUGAGAUCACCUUCUACCUCCAGGUUUUCCCCCUUGUCAGCUUCGUCGACAACACCCGUACUUGGGAGCGGCUUCUGAGCAGAGCUUGUCCUCUGUGCUCAAGGGAAACUACAGAUGAGUUACAUGCAGUACAUCAUGCGGAACAUGAAGAUAGGCUUAGAACAGAGGCCCUCAAGACCAAUAAAUUUGAAAAUCUGGGAACAACUCCUCCUCCCUCAAAACCUGAGGAAGAGAAAACAGAAGGCCAAGUCAUGAACAUGAGAGGACUAGUAAAUCUCAUUGGUGGCUCAAAAAGAGCAGAAUUAUCACAUUUUAGCUUCUCUCAGAUUUUGGCUGCUACAGACAACUUAUCAGAGAGAAAUUUGGUGGGAAAUGGUGGAUUUGGCUAUGUUUACAAGGGCAAACUAUCUAAUGGUCUUGAUAUUGCAGUCAAAAGAAAAGAUGCAUAUUCAUUUCAAGGUCCACAUGAGUUCAGAACUGAGAUUGAAGCCAUUCCAAAUCUUAAACAUAAAAAUAUAAUUGCUCUACUUGGGUAUUGUGCUCAAGGAGAAGAAGACAUACUUAUCUAUGAAUACAUGCCAAAUAAAUGCUUGGCAUCUAUCGUUGCUGAUGAAACAAAAAGGGAGAUGCUAAAUUGGUCUAAGCGUCUUCAAAUAAUCAAAGGGAUAGCAGAUGGUCUUGUUUAUCUGCAUGGGCAUUCUCAGAUGUGUAUCGUCCAUAGGGACAUAAAAGCAAGCAAUAUCCUGCUGGAUCACGAAAUGAACGCCAAGAUUACUGAUUUUGGUCUGGCACUAAUGUUGGCUCCAAAUACGACUGCAGAGGUGGCUGUUAUGGGCACAUAUGGCUAUGCAGAUCCUGAAUAUGUUGCUACUGGAAUUGUCUCAGAGAAAUCAGAUGUAUAUGGCUUUGGUAUAGUACUUCUUGAGAUAAUAAGUGGAAAGCUUCUUCGGUCUUUUUAUAAUAAAGUGAAGGCGAAGGGCCACACAGGGCUACUGCUUCCUGAUUAUGCACGCAAGUACCAAACGAAGAUGCACAAGUUUGUUGAUCCCUUGCUGCGUGCGAAACAGCAUGAACGCGCUCAGAUUAUGGAAUGUGUGAAGGUGGCCCUGUUAUGCAUUCACCACCAUGCGAAGCAUCGACCUUCCAUGUCGGAAGUCGUUACCAUGCUUGGCAGCAUCAUUGUAUAGUAGCUCAGCAACGUGGCAAUAGAUGAUCAUAUCAGCCUGGUGGUAAGGCUAGAUCAGGUUGUGCUUUUGGAAGAACCACAGAAAUUGUUGCAGUAUCAUAUCCAAAGUGUCAAGUAAUGAACUACUGAAAUAUGUUAAGUUUGGUGAAUCGAUGAUCACGAUUCUGUUAAACACCACAGAGAGAUAGUUGCAACUAAAUAUCCGUGUAAACACACUGUGGUGAGCUGAGGGAGAUAGUCCAACUUAGAGAGCUGGUCAGAGGUCCCUUUCGUGGCCGGCGUCUGUUUUGAGUACAGUUUACUAAUGCUCAGGACAUCGACAUCUGGAAAUCUUGUUGACAAACUGA